AUACAACUACUAAUUUUAUGAGCAUUAAUGCUUCUCAUAACGCAAUCAAGGGAAGAAUUGUGAGUGAAGCUCAAGUAUCAUCGGGGUUUGAAAUCGGGGGUUGGGUAGACUUAACUUUCAAUAAAUUAGAAGGUUCCAUUCCACUGUCAUUCUUUAAUGUGACAUUGAUGUACCUCUCUCAUAAUAACUUCACUGAACUCACCUCCCUAUGUGACAUUAAGGAUCCUAAGGUGGCUGCUGGUUUGCAUUUUUUGGAUAUCUCAUUCAAUCAACUUUCAGGAACACUUCCAGAUUGUUGGUCAAGUCUCUCUAGUCUGGUAGUUCUCAACUUGGCAAACAAUCACAAUCUAUCAGGGAGUCUUCCAACUUCUGUUGGAUCAUUGGCAUCCCUAAAGGCAUUGCAUCUUGACCGUAACAGUUUUACAGGCACUCUACCUUCAUUCAUCAAGAACUGCUCCAAAUUGGUAUCUCUACAUCUGGGACACAAUAACUUUUUCGGACCACUACCAGAUUGGGUGGGUGAAAAUCUACCACAGCUUGCGAUUCUUGUGCUAGCAUCCAACCACUUCAGUGCAAGUGUACCCACAAGUCUCUGUCAUCUCCAAUCUCUUCAACUGUUAGACCUGUCCAUGAACCACCUCACAGGGAGUCUUCCUAAAUGUCUUUCAAAUAUUACUCAAAUGACUAUAAUAAGAGGCGGCAGUGCUACCAUUUCUUAUGAAAUACCACUCUUUCUCAUUGGUCCAGCUUUUUUAAUGGAUCUACCCAUCAAGGAAGUUGACAAAGUAGAUACUGUAUGGAAAGGCAUGUUAUCUGAAUUUGACAUAACAUUAGGACACGUAAAAAGCAUUGAUCUAUCAUCCAACAUGUUAACCGGUGAAAUCCCAAAUGAAAUCACAUCGCUUGUUGGGCUGAUUUCUUUGAACAUAUCACGAAACAACCUAAGGGGACAGAUUCCUUUAAGGAUUGGCAAAAUUCCAAAAGGCACUCAACUUCAGAGCUUUAGUGCAAGUGCAUACAUGGGGAAUCCCGGGCUGUGUGGAGAUCCACUCCCCAACAGUUGUCAAGGAGAAGAAUUAACCCAUCCUUCUCGCCCUAGAUUCUGUGAAGAAGAAGAAGAAGAAGAAGCUUGUAAUAAAGAAGACGCAGACAAGUUUCUUGGCAGUGAGUUUUAUGCAAGCAUGGGGGUCGGAUAUGCGGUUGGAUUUUUAAGUGUUGUUGGGACAAUGCUAUUCAACAGGUCUUGUAGGUUUGCUUUUUUCAAAGUCUUCAAUGAUUUUGCUAACUGGGUUUAUGUUGUGGCUGCAAUAUAUAAGGCAAAGCUUCUGACAAUACUUCGGGGUUAACAAGUCAGGUUUCCUUCAAUUUAGUUAUGGGUGAUGAGGAAGAGUUCGGAAUUUGUGAAAGAAAUUGCUCAGAGGGGUAUUACAGCAGUUCAUGAUCGAUGCAGCAGAUAUAUACUGUAUAUCCAAUAAAGUAUAUUUAGUUUUCUAAUUUUCGAAAAGGUCUUUGUUAAGGGCUUUACCAUAAGCCUUUCGGUCUGCGUAGGCUUUGUUUGCAACUACUUGUGCUUAAAUAAAAGCACUUUUGGGAAAAUAAAGUAGAUUCUACACGGAAGCCGAGAAAGUAAAAGUUGGUAGUGUUUGGUAAAAUAAAUGUUUUUUUCUAAAAAAAAAAGUUAAAAGCACUUUUUUUUAAUGGAUUGCAAACAGACCCGUAAUAUGUUUUCGGCGUAUUCAUAUUUUGCGGUGUAAACUGUUGUCCUUUUGAUUUGAUGAUAUAUGAAUGCUAUGUUAAUCAAGCAUAAAGAUUUCCAAGUUUUUUUUCCUUAUCUCAGCCAUCCUUGUCUAGUGUUUAGAUUUGUUUCAUGUUGCCAAAUGACAAAACCAGAAUGUGCAUGUUCCUAGCCUCAUAAAAUAUACCAAAAAUAAAUCUAACCAUAGUUUACUUCUAACACACACUGAUAAGUAAUCACUAACUAUUCAACUUGUCAAUUUUUUUAGGCUAAAGGGUCAAAUAGGUACAUAAACUAACUUAAAGUGUUCAAUUAGCC